CUCUCUCUCUCUCCCCCCCCCCCCGCUUCUAGUUUUGGCAGGGGAUUAAAGUAGCUCCCCCCUGUGGCAGCAGUGACCCAGAAAUGAGUUUGAUUCACAGAGUCCUUCCUCCAUAACAAGCUGCCUGCUGUUCCCCUGGAAGAUCAUGAAACGAGGUCGACUUCCCAGCAGCAGUGAGGAUUCUGACGGCAAUGGCAGCUUGUCAACCUGGUCCCAGCAUUCUAGGUCUCAGCACCGGAGGAAUUCAUGCUCCAAGCACGAAGAUCGAAAACCGUCAGAGCUGGCACCCAGCAACCUUUCUUCUGGCCAGGAGAUCAGGGAGCUCAGCUGCUGCCACAGUCCCUGCCAGCAUCAAGUGUUCAGGACAGACUUGAUCACUGCCAUGAAGCUGCCUGAUUCUUACCAGCUGAACCCUGAUGAGUACUAUGUGCUGGCAGAUCCCUGGAGACAGGAAUGGGAAAAGGGAGUUCAGGUGCCAGUCAGUCCAGGGACUAUCCCAGAACCAGUAGCCAGGAUUGUGUCUGAGACGAAAGCAGUCAUAUUUACGAGACCUCGGAAGUACAUCAUUUCCUCUGGUUCUGAGCCCCCUGAGCUCGGAUAUGUUGACAUUCGGACUUUGGCGGAGAGUGUAUGUCGCUAUGACCUUAAUUACAUGGAUGUGGCGUGGUUGGAACUGGCCAAUGAAGAAUUCAGAGAAAUGGGGAUGCCUGAACUGGAUGAAUACACCAUGGAGAGAAUCAUGGAAGAAUUUGAACAGCGAUGCUAUGACAACAUGAAUCAUGCUAUUGAGACUGAGGAAGGACUUGGAAUUGAGUAUGACGAGGAUGUUGUCUGCGACGUUUGCCAGUCUCCAGAUGGUGAAGAUGGCAAUGAGAUGGUGUUCUGUGACAAAUGCAAUAUUUGCGUUCAUCAGGCAUGUUAUGGCAUCCUCAAAGUUCCAGAAGGCAGCUGGCUGUGCCGGACCUGCGCUCUCGGUGUUCAGCCAAAGUGUUUGUUGUGUCCCAAGAAAGGUGGAGCCAUGAAGCCAACUCGAAGUGGGACUAAGUGGGUCCAUGUUAGCUGUGCUCUCUGGAUUCCAGAGGUGAGCAUUGGCAGCCCAGAAAAGAUGGAACCAAUCACAAAGGUCUCCCAUAUUCCCAGCAGCAGAUGGGCUCUGGUGUGCAGUCUUUGCAAUGAGAAGGUUGGGGCAGCCAUACAGUGUUCAGUGAAAAACUGCCGCACAGCCUUCCACGUCACUUGUGCAUUCGACCGCGGCUUGGAGAUGAAGACCAUUCUGGCGGACAACGAUGAAGUCAAGUUCAAGUCCUACUGCCCAAAGCACAGUUCCACCAAGAAGCCGGAUGAAGAAAGUGAAUUCACCAGCCAGGAGACCGAAAACGGGGCCCCAGACAGUUCUCCUCCCGCUCACAUCGAGCCCUUUGACAGCCUGGAUCAAAAUCAGGAGGAGGCCCACAGGGUCAGUGUUCGCAAGCAGAAGCUUCAACAACUGGAGGAUGAGUUCUAUGCCUUUGUCAACGCUUCGGAAGUAGCCAAGGCCCUGCAGCUCCCAGAGGACUCCGUAGAAUUCCUGUAUCAGUAUUGGAAGCUGAAGAGAAAAUCGAACUUCAACAAACCUUUGAUCACCCCAAAGAAAGAUGAAGAGGACAAUCUAGCCAAGCGGGAGCAGGACGUUCUGUUCAGGCGACUACAGCUUUUCACCCACCUCCGUCAGGAUUUGGAGAGGGUCCGAAACCUCACGUACAUGGUGACCCGACGGGAAAAAAUUAAAAGAUCUGUUUGCAAAGUCCAGGAACAGAUAUUCAAUCUCUACACAAAUCUUGUGGAGCAUGAAAGAGUUUCAGGCAUGCCUUCCUCUUUCUCCUCUAUGGAAAAUAUGGUGCUCUUCAACAGUUCACCGCUGGACCCAGACGCACCUAAGAUAGAGGACUUGAAGUGGCAUUCAGCUUUUUUCAGAAAGCAAAUGGGCAUGUCAUUGAGCCAUUCUCUGAAAAAAACACAGAAGAGGGAACGAAUGAGGAAGAGUUCUGGGCAUGAUGACAAACCUUUCCUUAAGCAGCCCAGCCAAAGGGAAGGCCUCGCGACUCCUGGUAGCUUUUUUAGCUUUGAAAAGACCUUUGCAGAAGCACAAAUUGGAUCAGCACAACAGAAGAAUGGGGUUGUUACAGCCGACCACAGGAAGAGAAGAGACAAUCAUUCCCAUUGUGAUAUGAAGGUAGAACUGAAGGAGAAACCUCCCAAACACAACCACAAACCCCUGAGAUCCAACGAACUGUCUCAGAGGCAAUUAGAAAACAAAAGGGCCGUGAACCACCCAAGUGGCAGGUCAGCGCCCGGAACCCGGAGGGAUAUGGUGCCUAAAUGCAACGGAUCCUUUUUCAAAAUAAACUAUAACCCAGCUCCGGUUAAAGUGCCUACGACACCCAGAAGCCCUGUGAAAAACUGGGGAGGAUUCCGAAUUCCAAAGAAAGGGGAAAGACAGCAGCAGGGAGAGGGGCAGGAUGAGGCAUGCCGGCAGAACUCUAACUACCCUUACUCGGGCCUGGGUCGAGUUUCCCCUAAAGACAGGGCAAAAAUCAACCUAAAGGUGGACAGUGAGAAUGACGGGUAUGCCCCCGAUGCUGAGAUGAGCGAUUCAGAAACUGAGAUGCCAGACAAGAAAUGCAGGCAGCAAAGGCUUGGUUCAAAUAGCACUAUUCCCAGAAGGACAGAUAUUAUUAGGAGAAGCAUCCUUGCCUCCUGACUGGAGGGUGACACACAGUAACAGCACUGGAGUCAGUGAAUUCCCAGCCUGGAAAAAAAAUUCCACUCUGCAUUAUUUAUUGGUGUGACAAGGAGGAGGGUCUUUAGACAUGGCUACAAGAUCAACAAUGAACCUGUUUUCCCUGGGCUGUAGAAAAAUGUUUACGUGCACUUGACUCAGAGUUUUCCCUCCACCUACCCUCAUGUCUGUGAAGUUUGAACCUUCUUUAUCUGCAGCUGUCCUGAAGAAAGCGUCAGAGAAAUUGACCUUGUGUAGGCUGAACACUAAUUAAAAAAUAAAAUAAAAAUCACUCAAUGGAGGCAGAUUUUGGGUGGGGAGAUCCUGGUUUAGGCAGAUAGCACUCAGGAUUUUCCUCUGCCCCUGAGAAGCACAACCUGUUAGUACACAAGAGGAUAAAGAGUUAAAUAUGGUGGUGAUAACCACCCUGCACUGCUUAACCCCUAAAUUGUCACUUUCAUCAGGCUGCAUGAGGACUAAGUCCUAGUAGUCUGCCAUUUUUUUGUUUUAGAAUUCAGGGGGGGUUGGCAGCUGAAAACAUUUAUAACCCCAGAAGAGUUGUCAUACCAAGUCUAUCAAGCAGGUAAGAAUUUACCAUGACUACUAGUUACCUGAAGGGACAGAACCAAGCUGCCCAGUAGUAAAUAGUAACAACAGCACACUGUGCUAUACUGAGGGGAGACUAAGGAGUGGAUGAGACGACUCAGCUCUCCACAUUCGGAGGGUGUCUAUGUCUUAAAGUACUUUAUCAUGUUCUGAGAAGGAAGGUAGGUUGGCAGCCUGCUGUAUUCUGCUGGCACCUGCCCAUCUGAAAUAUGAUGACAAUACAAGUGGAAAGACUGAGCAUGUCUACACUGCAAAUGUGAAUACGUUUUGCUGUCAUGGCUGACCUCCUUUUUCCUCUCCCCCUCCUGGAAAUUGUAAUUCUGAGAGAUUUUUCAGCAGCCUUCUCAUACAGUCCAUGGACCCUUGGGAGAAGCCACGACAGGUAAAACAGGUUGAAAUUUGCCGUGAAGAUAUGCCCACAUUUCUAAAGGCGCUGGUUGGUAGCCUUUUCCAAUGUGCACUAAUGGUAUGUGUUGGGAUAUGCAAGUUUCUGACACGCAAGGGUUACUUUAUACAAAAAGAAGGAUGUAAUAAAUAUAUAUGUAUAUUUUUUGAAUAAAAUGGAAAGGCAAUAAGAUGUGAGUAGCGCUUUACAUUCAGGCCAAUUUAACAACAUGAUUCCAUGAUAUGGAUUAGAUUUGACCAAGAAGGAGCUUGUGUUCUGGUUACGUCAUUAAAAAAACGCAAUAACUAGAGAGUAAGCCAUCAGCAAUAAUAAGAUGAACAGAUCACUAAGAGUCUAUUUUCUGCACCCAUGAGAGUGCAUCUAUAAUACACAUAGGUAGUUUUAGGCUGCUGUAAUUUUUGGGACUCAACUUGGAUAUAAAAUCAGACAUAAAAGUUUAAGCAGCAGUAGUUGUGUGUAUGUUUUUUUAUGGACAGCCCUCCUCCCAAUCCAUCAACAUAAGUAUUCAGUCACUUACGAUAUAUUCUCACUGUAAGCUCUUCUCUAAUGAGGUGGGUUUAUAACUCUAUGAAAGAUAUGUUGAAACCUUGCAAUUUGACUCAAGUCUUCCAGGGGUUUCAGCUGAGAACUGGACUGCUGCUGUUCCAUCUUGCUAUGCAAGUCACUGAAUGAUCAAAGCUAAACUUACAUAUAGGUAGAUUUACACAAUACAUUUUUCUUACAUGCAAGCAGUCCUAAUCUUUGGGUGGAAAAAUGUAGUAUGUGAAACCAUGAAUCAUAGAUAUAAUUAGCAGCAAUUCCCAUGAUCAUGUAAUCUGGGAAUCAGCCCUCAAAAUUCAUCUCCUUGAUUUGGAAAUGAGCUGUGGGCUCACACAGUCCCUCCUCUUCCUUUGCUCCUCUUUCCGUUUCUGGCACAUGGUUAGUGAUUGCCUUCCAAACUAGAAUCAGGAGCCAUUGUUUGAAGUGGGGUUCUGACUGUUGUUUGGAAGGCAAAUGCUAACUAUAGUUUUGAGGAUUCGAAUGUCAUAGCCAACCAUGGUUAGUACUUAAUAGGAAACUGAGAGGGAGUCUACAGGGGAGGGGGGGACUGCAACUCUGCUGCUUGUUGGCAAUUCCUGAAAUGGUUGGAGGAUUGUCUAAACUGAGCCUUAAUGUGUAUGCAAUCGCCCUAGUCCACUAGCUACUCAUUGCACACUGGGAUUGUGGUUGUGGUGCAUGCACAGAGCUCUGUACAGGCAGGGACUGUUGCAAGUUCUUUGAAGUCAGGGAAAUUCUCAAAAAUUGAACUGAAUGGACUGUGAAGCACUUGCAACAGCCCCCACCCCACCCCCAGUUCAUCUCUGUAUUCACACUGCAGUCCAUGCGUACAUAGCCUUUGGGCCAGGGUAAAUAGGAUUAACAAGCAGGUUAAGACUUUUGGGGUGCAGUUCUAAACAUGAUUAAUAUUGUAGGAUACUACUGGAAAAUGAAAUAAAAUGAUGAGUUAAGUUUUAAAAGGCUUUAUUGCUUUUGAUUAAACUACUCAUAUCUUGCAGGUAUGUUGACUAGGUUUUUGCUGCUUUAAAAGCAGACAAGUUCUUGUUAAGUAUAGGAAAAGAGGGAUGUAAUGAAUUCACUUUUCAAUACAGUAAGUGUUUCAGGUGAGGGUUGAGUGAGUUAGCCUGCCCUGCAGGGAGUUGUUCAUCAAGCCAUAGAAGGAAUAAAUUGAAUUUGAUUCUGAAUAAAUAUUCAAUGUUAUGACCAAGAUUGAAAGAGGUAUCAGAUAACAUUUGCACUAUUAGGAAUGUUAGCAUUUGUGCAGAAAGAAUGCCUUAUCUGUUUUGCUCCCCACCAUGUUUAGGUUAAUAAGCUUUCUGAUAUUUUGAAUAAUGCUGAACCAAAAAUGAAGAAGAAAAAGGAAAGAGAAAAAUAAAUAGCGUUUCCCCCCCAUCCUCUAAUUGCAGAAGGGAAAAAUAUCAGUUUGACCAGCUGUGUAAGUUUCAUACCGUACUUAAUAUCCAAUAAGUGAAGAAUCAUAAGUAAAACAGUAAUCUUUACCUACCACGGCAUUCAUUUUGUUAAUAUGGAAACAGUUGAGAUUUCUUGUUAACCUUCACCUUUUCCUUAUGCAGACUGCCCAAGAAAUCCCUUUGAUUAUAAUUGGUGCACUACAUUGAAAUGUAGGCUAAUAAACACUUUUGUAAUAUUGACUGGAAUGCUAUCUGUUAGGUUCUGGAUGCAUAUGCAUACACAUACACCAAUCUAAAUGAAUGAAAGGUUAUACAUGUCUCAUAUGUACAGAUCUUAAUUAUUUUAAAAAAAAAUUGAAAAAAACCUGUCAUUACAUUUGUAAAACCUUGUACAGAGGAUUUUUCACUAUGUGCCUAGCUUUGGUGUCCAUUUUGCUCAAAUUUGAAAACAGGUGCAUGACAAAAGAUAGAAUCAAAAAUAAAGUAUAUGUAGAGAUGACUAUUUUAUAUUACAUGGCCCAAUCCUGUAUUUAUUUUCCUCCCCUUUUUGAAGUAUUUAUAAAGACCUAGUUGAAGAUGGCUGUAUUUUUUGUUAAAAUAUUUAGUAGAAUUGUGCCUUUGUCUGUAUGUGAAUAAAUGCUGUACAUUUUGCAAUACA